AUGAGUGUAACCCUGCGAUCGGGGCUGUAUUACGCCCUGCCACCAUCAAUAGCGGGCUUCGCCUACGGAUGGGAGAUUGCGUCCAUGAGCGACAUCUUAACUAUGCCGCAGUUUCUUUCCUACUUUGAUACGCCAUCAGCUUACCGACAAGGUGCCAUGACAGCGGCUCUUCAAGCUGGCGAGUUUGGGGGUUCGCUACUGAUUGGGUUCUUUCUCGCUGACCAAUUCGGCCGUCGAUACACGCUUCUCAUUUGUGUAGCUAUUUAUCUGAUCGGGCAAGCAGUUGUUGUCGCUGCACAAAACCAAGCCAUGUUUAUUGCGGGCCGAGUUGUCAAUGGACUCGGAGCGGGUGGCCUAUUCCAAUCUAUUUCUCUGUAUACCGCCGAAACAACCCCCCACACAUGCAGAGUCGCUAUUGGCUUGCUAGUAUCUUACUGGGUACAAUAUGGAGCGCUCAAGAUUUCAGGAACAGCCGCAUGGCGUAUGUGCUUUGCCUUUCAGCUAGUACCUGGGGUCUUAGUGGGUAUUUUGAUUUAUGUACGCCCAGAAUCUCCACGCUGGCUGUUUCAACACGAUCGCGGCGACGAGGCACUUCAAGUUUUAGCAGACCUUCAUGGCCACGGUGACUGCUCCAAUCCAUCCGUACAAGCCGAGUUCCAAGAAAUCCGAGUAGUCGUGCAAUAUGAGGGCCGCGCACCUCCCCCGUCAUACCUGAGCCUACUCAUCAAAGCGCCAUACCGGCGUCGCACUGCGCUAGCAAUGGGUCUGCAAUUUAUGCAGAACAUCAGCGGCGUCAACAUCGUCUUCUACUAUGCAGCCAAAGUAUUCGCGCAGACUGGACGCACUGGGACCCAAGCGGCAAUGCUAGCGAACGGCAUCGGAUCCUCCAUCUACCUAGUUGCCUCCUUUUCGCUGACCGUCAUGAUCGAUCGGUACGGUCGACGAAAGCCACUAAUUAUCGGACCAAGCCUCAUGGGUAUCUGCAUGGUUAUUGUUGGCAUGUUGCUAGUUGGCUACGGCUCGCCGCAUUUCGAUGCUGGAUCCCAGCAGUUGAAAUACAGUUUUGCGAACGUCAACGCCGGCAAUGCUGCUGUGGCAUUUGUCUCUCUAUACAUGAUUUCCUUUGGCUCGACGUGCGCUGUGUUGCCCUGGACUUAUCAGAAUGAGGUGUUUCCUAUCUCCGCAAGAGGCAGAGGGACAGCACUUUCUGCCUGCAUUAAUUGGUUUGCGAAUUUUUGGCUCGGUUUAUAUAUGCCUGAAGCGUUAAAUAAGGCUGCAUGGAAGAUAUACUUCGUUUUCGGGGGUAUUUGCAUCGCGACUUCUUUUGUUACGUAUUUGUUCUAUCCGGAGACUGCGCAGCGGUCGCUAGAGGAGCUUGAUUUGUUGUUCACGCCCAAUCGGCGUAAGCUGGUUUGUUUUGACUGGGAGGCAUGUCAGAAGGGGUCAUUGCUGCAUCGUGGUUUCGAGGGCGUUGAGGUGGCACAGCAGCUGGAGACUGCGCUAGUCAUGGGAGGGAUUCAGAAGACAGUGUGA